AUGCUUUACUUUAAGCAGUUAAAGAACAAUGUGGACAUGUAUGUAAUGAUCAAAGUUAGUUCCAUUGCAUCACCAUUACCGUUUUUAGCACAAGCUUCACCUAUAUAAAUACUACAUAUUCACCUUCCUUAGCCUUUGUACCAUCGCAAAUACCUACAUUCUUUCAUUCUUUUCAAAAUGAAAAUGGCUAUUGCAAGCACCACCAUGCCUUCACCACCCCAAAUCAUUAUUCUCUUCCUUCUCCUCUUGGGUGCUUUUGGUGAAGCCCGUGAUCCAUUUGCUUGCGACCCAAAAGAUGCGACGACGCCCAACUUCCCGUUUUGUAAGGUUUCGAUGCCUGUAUCGGAUAGAGUGAAGGACCUUCUAGGACGGUUGACGUUGGAGGAGAAGGUUAGGCUGCUGGUAAACAAUGCUGCAGCAGUUCCACGGCUGGGGAUCAAAGGGUACGAGUGGUGGUCUGAGGCUCUUCAUGGCGUCUCGAAUGUGGGCCCUGGAACUAAGUUCGGUGGGGCCUUCCCUGGGGCCACUAGUUUCCCUCAAGUAAUCACAACCGCUGCGUCUUUCAACGCCACAUUAUGGGAAGCCAUCGGACGGGUUGUGUCGGAUGAGGCAAGGGCGAUGUACAACGGGGGAACGGCUGGGCUCACUUACUGGAGCCCAAAUGUCAACAUUUUCAGGGACCCGCGGUGGGGCCGUGGACAGGAGACUCCAGGUGAAGAUCCGGUGCUGGCCGGUACAUAUGCUGCCAGUUAUGUGAAGGGCUUGCAGGGAAAUAACGGUGACCAGUUAAAGGUGGCGGCUUGUUGUAAGCACUUCACGGCCUAUGACCUCGAUAACUGGAAUGGAGUUGACAGGUUCCACUUUAAUGCCAAGGUAAGCAAGCAGGACAUCGAGGAUACAUUCGACGUGCCAUUCAAAAUGUGUGUACAAGACGGCAAUGUAGCCAGUGUUAUGUGCUCUUACAAUCAGGUCAAUGGUGUCCCCACCUGUGCUGACCCUAAUCUCCUACGGAAGACUGUACGAGGUCAAUGGAGACUCAAUGGGUACAUUGUUUCAGAUUGUGAUUCAGUUGGGGUCUUUUAUAAUACCCAACAUUACACAACAACGCCAGAAGAAGCAGCUGCAGAUGCCAUCAAAGCAGGUUUGGACUUGGACUGUGGACCUUUCUUGGCGCAACACAGUGAAGAUGCAGUAAAGAGAGGUUUGUUGAAUGAGGCUGACGUUAACAGUGCCUUGGCAAAUACUCUCAAAGUCCAAAUGAGACUUGGCAUGUUUGACGGUGAGCCUUCUGCACAACCAUUUGGGAACUUAGGACCAAAAGAUGUGUGCACAUCAUCUCACCAAGAGCUCGCUCUUGAAGCUGCAAGACAAGGCAUUGUUCUGCUCAAAAAUCGUGGUCCUUCAUUGCCUUUAUCCCAUCUACGUCACCGCACUGUCGCUGUCAUUGGGCCUAACUCCAAUGCGACUGUUACCAUGAUUGGAAACUAUGCUGGUGUUGCAUGUGGAUACACGUCUCCUUUGCAAGGAAUAGGAAAUUACGCAAAGACAAUACACCAACUCGGAUGUGCAGAUGUAGCUUGCGUAGAUGACAAGUUAUUUAGUAGGGCAAUUGAAGCUGCCCGUCAGGCAGAUGCAACGGUUCUAGUGAUGGGGCUUGACCAAUCAAUUGAAGCAGAAUUCAAAGACAGGACAGGGUUGCUUUUGCCAGGGCGCCAACAGGAUCUUGUUUCUAAAGUAGCCAUGGCUUCCAAGGGUCCAACCAUACUAGUUUUGAUGUCUGGUGGGCCUAUUGAUGUGUCUCUCUUUAAUAAUGACCCUCGUAUUUCUGCCAUUUUAUGGGCCGGAUACCCGGGCCAAGCCGGUGGAGCCGCCAUAGCUGAUUUAUUAUAUGGUACGACCAAUCCAGAGGGCAAGCUGCCUAUGACAUGGUACCCACAUGAUUAUGUUUCAAAUUUGCCAAUGACAGACAUGGCCAUGCGUUCAAAUAGAAAAUUCCCUGGCAGAACGUAUAGGUUCUACGAAGGUCCAGUAGUGUACCCAUUCGGUCACGGAUUGAGUUACACCAACUUUGUUCAUACCAUUGCGAGUGCACCCAACGUUGUCGCGGUCCCUCUAGAUGGCCGCCAUCAUUCGGGAAACACAACCGUUUCAGGCAAGGCAAUCAAAGUUAAUCAUGCAAAAUGUAACAAGCUCUCAGUAGGUCUUCAAGUAGACGUGAAAAAUACGGGAUCCAAGGACGGUACUCACACAAUGCUCGUAUUUUCGAAGCCACCUGCUGGGCAUUGGGCUCCACAAAAACAGCUGGUGGCCUUUGCAAAAGUUCAUGUUCCGGCGGGGUCUCAACAACGAGUCGGAAUCAACAUCCAUGUGUGCAAGUUUCUCAGUGUUGUGGACAAGUCCGGGGUUCGAAGAAUUCCGAUUGGUGUUCAUAAUCUCCAUAUUGGUAAUGUUAAGCAUUCCGUAUCCCUUCAAGCUGCAACUUUAGGGGUGAUCAAAUCCUAGGUUUUUCCUGGACAGAGGGGAUGCAAAUAUGCCAUUUCUAAACAAUGGGAAAUUCAUCAGGUUGCAAGUGAUAAAAUUACUUCCAUUAUAGUUGAACAUUAAUGUCAGUCUAUAGUAAAUAAGAAGAAAAAGGAGAAAGAAAAAAUAAAUCCUACAGGGAUAUGAUUGUUAUUGUUUUAUAGAAAAGAAGAAGCUUAGCUUGUUUUGUGAAGGAAGAAUUUGUCUCAAUUUAGUUGUACGAGGAAGAAGUAUACACUUAAACUGGGUUCUUCAUUAUUUCUACUAUUAGAUUUAAUUUUGAAUUAAAUUGCACAAUUAGUUGGUGGCAAUCCACUGGGUCCCUUAUCAGGCUUAUAGUUGUAAAAUUGAUUGCUGGAAUGAAUACUUCUCCCUUUCUUCUCUCUCUCUCUUUUUCUGAUUGUCUCUUUCUAUUUCAGAUUAUACGUAAGCAUGCUUAUGCUUAAAGCAACAGACAACACUUUGAUUUCAUGAAAAUUAAUCAGUUUCAAAGGAGCAAAGGGAAGUUAUCUCGGCUUCCAUUCCAGCAAAGGAAGCAAGCGCAUGGCGUCAACAUAAUAGCUCGAUUAGCGUCGGUCCUAAUCAUAUAAAUUCUAAACUACGGAUAUUACUCAGCCGCAACCCGCAAUGUUACUGCAGCUGGAAGGCUCAUUGGUGGACUUACUUUGUGUUGUCAUUAAUGGCCCAACAAUGCACCAGCCUCUAGCCUCUUGAAGAGGAUUGAAGAUGCAGCCGGGGACCAGAAGGCCCAAACUAACUAACAGAGAA